ACUGGCAUUAAGUGGCUGGUGCUAUCUGCGUCGAGUGUCGUCAAUAUUCUCUGCUGUGGGUAUUUACGUAUAUAUUAGGAUAACUCAGCCAGAUUUUUAUACCGGAUUGUUGAUCGGCGGCUUUGUGAUCUAAUGCACAACAGAUCAGUAUAUAGGUGACUGCGUGUAUCGUAACUCGGGGAUACCCGGGGUACCGAGUCAGUCGAGUCCAACGAAUCACAAUAGGAAUCACAAUCGUGAGAUCUUAUUUAAAUUAUAUAGCUACAUAUACAGACCCAUCUAAGGGCUAGGUCGGAAUGUUUAAACACAGAGAAACAAAGGUCGUCACUAAGUGGCUUUGUAUGGAAGGCGAGGGAAAUACGUUAAAAUUGUUUCAGUUUUAAUUUCAUUGCCCGGACUACAUUUAGACAAGAGACAGUGAUUAGUGACAUACCAGCUGAUUGGCGAGUUCACAUGUGAAAGGAUCAAACCAGGGACGACGUUCUUAUAAGUGGUAAUAUUAACAUAAACGAACCGUAUUAAUUUUCAAUCGUGUACCGGUGAAAAUUGGAUUUUAAUUGCGAGUGCCAGGUAUAAGUAUUACACUAAUCUUACCGGGACAAAGGGACUUAAUUUGAUCUUUAGAAAGUAAGUCCCUAUAUAGCAAACAUGAGUACGAGCACUAGUAGUAAGAAACAGGACAGGAAAGCGGACGGAGCAGGACGGAAGCUGAGCACACUUCCUCCAUCAGAUGCUGCCACCCGGAAGUCCUCUUUAGAACUCACAGCACCGGAAAGUUUGGCUGUUCGGAGACCUUCUAUUGACAAUAGAAAAAUGUCUAUUGUAGAUUCCAUCCCAGGUCGUUCAACGUUAAUUAUAACGUCAGCACACACGCAGCGUCCGAACGUCAAGUAUGAAAACACUUUUAAAACAGAGCCGGACAAAAAAGCCCGGAGUGACCACUUACGUGACUGUAUCAAGGAACUGUUCGAAAAGGAACUGGACGAAAAGACAUAUAACAAAGAGGAAUGCAGCAGCAUGUCAAAGAGUUUGGCGGACAGAUUAAAACAGCGCGUGAAAAUGUUAGGUUUUUCUCGUUAUAAAAUCAUCACAGUCGUAUGUAUCGGCCAGCGCGAGGAAUUCAACCCUUCCGUAGCUUUCACGAGCAGGUGCAUGUGGAGCGCGCAGUUUGACACUUUCUCACAGCACGUUUAUAAGAACACGUCGUUGUACGCACUCGGCUUGGUGUAUGCCAUGUACGCCGAAUGAUGGAGACUCCAUGUUUAAUUUUAAUGUGUGUUAAAAUAAAUUGUUGUGAAAAAUGCAAGUGCCAAUGUCGAUGUCAUUGCCUAUUUAUAUUUUUUCGAAGAGACUUCCGUUUCCGUAAAGACUUGGCCGGAAGUCCACGACACCGGAGUACGCAGUCGUGUCUUGUGGCGCCUUUUUACUGUUACUGGAAGAGCUAACUUGUCUUCUUGUUUUCUCACUGAUUCUCUCAAUGGAUGGUUUACCAUGUUCUUGAUUCGUAAUUACUUGAAAUGGGAUCUUGUCCUUCAUAUAAUCUGUAUACAAAGGACAUGACAGUGCGAUAUCAAGAUUUACUGUCUGGGAAACGCAGCUUUUUAUUUCAAAAUCGGAAAUUUGUAAGUGUUAAUUUGACAUUAUGAGAAGGCGCCUUGCCCUGCUUAGACUGUACUUAUAUAAUAAUGAGUGGAAUCAACAGUAAUCAUGUCAUUUAAUUUCUUACUUAUUCUUACUAUAAAAGCCAUAAAACACUUAUAAUUGAUGUAACAAGUAUUGGUGUGUUUUUUUGUCAAGAGAAGGGAUGCACUACAGUGUAUAUGAUUGAUCUUCGAACUCUCAUGCAGGUCUCAUUUCUAGUCUUAUCUACCCCCUCCACGCACAUUUAACGAUUUUUAUUACGACAUAUAUUGAGAUAUGAAUCGUCUAUGUAAUCCCUUGGUGUCUCUCAUAUCGGGGUCCAGUCUGUCAUAAAUCAACUUUGUACAACCUACAUACCGAAAUGAUAAGCACACGGGUCAUGACAUCUGUUGAAUAAUAUGCUUAAAUUUAUUAUAACACUGUUCAGGGCCCG